AUGGGGAUGGAUUUUGGCUUGCAAAAUGUUCACCAAUGGCUUAUGCCAGCAAGGAAACGACAGAUCGAGUCUCCAAUUGCUAAGCCAAUCGCCAUACCAAAAUGGAAACAGGCACAAGAUGAGGAAGAGAAGGAAGAUGCAGAGAAAGUUACCAAGACCUCACCUGAGCCUAAACGAAUCCAAACUGAGGAAGAGAAGGCCGACAUGAAGAAGAGAGAGGCAGCUUUGUUUUUGGAAGAGGAAGAUAAGAUCAAAGCCCGUCAGCAACAAGUAAACAGGCUCAUCAGCGAAGAAGUCGGCCAUUUUGAGUACGAAACCCCUGAGAUGCACAUGGGCCAAACAUGGGAAGAUGCAUUGAGAUCUACAAUAAGGACGUACGAUGCGGCUCAGAUGGAAAUCGAGCGUCAUUACCGGCUGAUCGGAUACACGAAGACCAAGUCGCAGUGGCCCCUGGACAAGCUUGAUGUACUCCGCGAAAAAAAGGCUAUUCCAACACGAUCGAACCAGGAGCUUUUACUAGAAAUCGCCCUUCAGCACGAGCAUGGCCCACCUACCGCCAAGACCCGAGAGAUGAUGGAGAAUUGGGCCACGGAAACGGACGUCAGAAAUAGCCUUUCAAUUCAUUUGGGUCGUUUUCUUCUACCUAAAGCCUCACGCUACUGGACGAACUACUUCACGCAAAGUAUUGACCAUCAAAGCGCCGCAGAACCCUCAAUGUUCUUCAUCUGUCAGCAUGAGUAUAGUGAAGGGGUCGCCAAGUGGAUUGUGGGAGGCUCUACACCGCACACGGGAGUCCUCUCAAAGGUGAAAUGGAAGUGGGCCGAUGAGUUCUACAAAGCAGUGAGAGAACAAGGUAUGGGGAAGAAUUGGGUUAGCCAGGUGAACCAGGCUAAUGACCGCCAACGUGAGCUGGAGAGGGAGCUGAUGGGUGCCCCUACAGAAGAAGAAGACCGGAACCAAAAGCUGUUUGUUCGACGACAAGUCAUUGCGACGUUGAGAGAGGACCCUGCUCACCAGAGACUAGUAGCGCGCAUUAACUGCAAGGGCCUAUCCAUCGACAGGUCGAUGGUUCCGACACAAUGUUGUUACCGAUGUCAAUCUAACUUCCAAUACAUCGUGCUGUCAGCGCACAUGAAGACAACGGACGCUGCAGCCAUAUCACAUCUUCGCAACUACAGCUGGGAAAAUCAAUGCAGGUGGGACCAACAAUGCGCCGAGGCACUUGCCGCAUGCCAAUGUACACACUUUGAUGACGAGCAAAACGAGCUUAAUAGGCCCCGCUCUAGUAGGCCGAAAGCGGAAGGUGGUCGACCCCUCAAAUCCAAGAAGAGUACCAUCUCGUUCAAGUUCAACAGAUGA